ACAGAUUGUAAACACGGAUUGUUGGAGACAAUACGAGAAUAUUUGGAAUCAUAUUUUAUUUAAAAAUGCGAUCAUUCUUAAUUGGUUGCCUGGUGAUUUGUGCUGUUUUUCAAAUCGCUGUAGCGGGCAAUGAAAAUGGGGAUUUUGCUACGUAUGAGGAAGUAAAGGAUAUACCAAAUCAUCCUGAAAAAUUCUUAAUUGAAGUGAGAAGUAAGGAGCUGGUGGAUAAGGAUGGUUCUAUACCCGGCAGUAUUAAUAUACCAUUUACCGAAUUAGAGGAGGCUUUAAUGAUGGAUGAUGGUGAAUUUGCUUCAAAAUAUGGUGCUGAAAAACCACCCAAAGAUGCUGUUGUUAUAUUUACUUGUUUGGGCGGUCAAUAUGCUCAAAUGGGCGCUGAUUUGGCUAAAAAGAAUGGUUGGCAAAGAGCUAAACCCUAUUUAGGAUCAUGGUUGGAAUGGUCAAAAAGAGAAGGCUUACAAUAAAGCAUGAAUAUAUGGGAUACUUUAACCAUCUUACGAAGUAUAAAUCAGAAACGUUAAAAAUAUAUAUAACAGAUGAAAUUUGAAAUAUAAUUUAUUUUAUUAUUAAAUUAAAAUCAAUUACAAUUAAAAAAUAAAU